AACCAUCAACUAAAAUUCAACGUUUAAGAAGAAAGGAAAUAAACCGCGAUAAUAAAAAAAAAUUGGUGUCAAAGCAAAACAUGAGAAACCCCUUGAAAAGAGCAACAACAAAGACAGUCUUUAAGCACACAAAUCUGAAGAAUUGAAAGGUAAAGUGCUUCAACAUAAGAAGAACAUAAUGAGCACAUUAAAGGCGAAAUAUACGCCAACGGAGAAUAUAUAAUUUAAAUGAAGCUAAAAAUAGCAGUCCAAGUUCAAUAGAAAAGAAGAAGUCUAAAGCGAAAGCAUAUUGAAUGAAAAACAGCCAAAAUGAGCUUGCAAAAGCAAUAAAAAUUUAUAUUUGAUUUACAAGCUUGAAAACUACAUCGCACAACUUUGCGCGAUCUCUUAACAUAUUUCAUCAUAACCUCAGCUAAAUAAAAAGCAUUCAAAGUGAGGUUCAAUAACAAGCAACAACCACAAAACACUCCCUACUCGCACACCUCUCCCUCCAGCGACAUGGCGAUCAAUUUCUCCGCAUCAUUUGCGGCUUGCAUCGCCGCUGGACUGAAGGUGCCGCGUCAAAUAAUGUACUGCAUCACGCAGGACACUGGCCAGCCAUAUGUGCUGUAUAAGGACUCACAAGAUGGCGAGCGCAAUCCGGCUGCGAUUGCUGGUUCGGCCGCGCAAUGGGGCAGUGAAAUGUAUCCAGGUAUACAGCAACAGGCGCAGCAACAUUUGCAGGCGCAACAGCAACAGAAUGGACAAAAUCCGGCAGCGCAGAUAGCGAGCGCCGCGCAAGCAGCUGCCGCGGCGGUAGCGCAGCAUCAACAACAGCAGCAGCAGCAACAGCAGCAACAACAACAGGGUCAACAGCCACAUAGCCCGACCGGCGAUGUACGUGAAAAUGGCGGCGAUGGCGGUGGUGGUGUUGGACGGCAGCAGGGUUCGCCAUCCACAAGUCCGUAUCCGCCGCAGCAGCGCGUUAAUGGCGGUGGCCCACCCGAUGAUGAUGUCACCAUGAGCCAGGUCGCCAACCUGCAGGCCAGCCAACAACAGAACUCGGCGCCCAAUCCAAACCAAAGCAACAAUGAUCCGCAACAACACCAGUCAUCGGGUGGCGAUGCCGGCGCGGGGAACCCACAGCAACAACAUGUACAGAACGGUGGUCCGUCGCAACCGGGCCAGGGCAGCGAUAACUUCCAAGCGCCGCAGGGCGGUGAACUCGGCGGCUACUAUGCGCCACGCCAUCCCGCGCCACAGGGCGCUAUGCUGCCACCACCCGGCUUCCCUGCACUACACUAUCUCAAUAAACCAGUGCUUCCCGGCAUGGCAGGCGCCAUGGAACAGAACGGUGGUCUGGAGGCAUACGCUAUGCCCGAACUAUUGCCAGGCGCUGGCGGUGGUGGUGGGCCACAGGGUAACAAUGGCCAACAGAAUGGUGGCAAUGCACAUAACAGUGGUGCCAAUGGCAAUGGUGGCUCGGAAGGUGCGGCUGGUGCCAACGGGAGCGCAGGCAAUGGCAACGUCACCGCCACUGGCGCUGGUGGUACUGGUACGGGUACAGGUACCGGUACAGGCAGUGGUCGUGGUCGUCAUCCCAAUCCCAAUAAACCGCCGAAACCACACAGCGACUUACGUCUAUUCAAGUGUCUGACCUGCGGCAAGGAUUUCAAACAGAAGAGUACGCUACUUCAACAUGAUCGCAUCCAUACCGACGCUCGUCCAUAUCCAUGCUCGGAGUGUGGCAAACGAUUCCGACAGCAAUCGCAUCUAACACAACAUCUACGCAUACACGCCAAUGAGAAACCAUUCACAUGCGGCUACUGUUCGCGCAGCUUCCGUCAGCGGGCGAUACUCAACCAACAUAUACGCAUCCAUUCGGGUGAGAAGCCCUACGCAUGCCCAGAGUGCGGCAAGCACUUUCGCCAGAAGGCCAUCCUCAAUCAACAUGUGCGCACCCACCAAGAUGUCUCACCGAAUCUUAUCUUCAAGAAUGGUCCACAUCCGACUCUUUGGCCACAGGAUGUUCCAUAUCCGGGUGAUGAGACUGACACAAAGAAUGAUAUAGCCAGCGGGAGCGGUUAUCAUGACGAGGAUUCACAGGGUACGCCUGACGGCAGCGGCGGUAUACAUUAUCCGUCAUACUUUAAGGACAACAAAGGUAAUAAAAACUGGCAAAAGAUCUUGCCGGAUGUGCUGCAGCAUAUCGGUGUACGACCAGCCAAUAUGCCACUCUACGUACGUUGUCCCAUCUGUGACAAGGAGUUCAAGCAGAAGACAACGCUUUUACAACACGGUUGCAUACACAUCGAGUCUCGUCCGUAUCCUUGUCCAGAAUGCGGUAAACGUUUCCGUCAACAAUCGCACCUAACGCAACACUUGCGAAUACAUACGAAUGAGAAACCGUUCGGUUGUUUGUAUUGUCCGCGGUUCUUCCGACAGCGCACCAUACUGAAUCAGCAUAUUCGUAUUCACACCGGCGAGAAGCCAUACAAAUGCGCGCAAUGUGGCAAAGACUUCCGACAGAAGGCCAUACUGGAUCAGCAUACACGCACGCACCAGGUAGGCGAUCGACCUUUCUGCUGCCCGAUGCCGAAUUGUCGACGUCGCUUUGCCACCGAAAACGAGGUGACCAAACACAUCGACAACCACAUGAAUCCGAAUACAACAAAGGCGCGUCGCCAAGCCAACGCGAACAAUUCGAACGCCGCUAAUGUCAACAAUCCGAAUGCCAACAGUCAUGCCGCCGCUGCAGCGGCAUCAGCUGCCGCAGCUGCAGCCGCCGCCAAUCAUCUGAUGAACGAAACUAAGAAUGCGGCACAACAAUUCCUCAACAACAAUAAUCCAGCUGCAGCUGGCGGCGACAAUAAAGCGAAUAUAUUACCACGCGCCAUGGCGGCUGUGCAAAAUGCGGCUGUACAACAGUCGGUGGUCAAGAAUGAGCUGUACUUCCCGCAGUGCUAUGGACCACCGUUCCAGCAGGCGUUCCAAACGCAGGGACAGCCCACCGCGGCGCAUAGUGGAGGAUCGUCCUCACAGCCGCCAGUAAAUGUGACGGUGCCGAAUUCGGUGGCGCCUGGUGUAGUAGUGCAACAAAACGCGCCCACAUCGGUGGUGGCUCAGUGACAUCCCACCACCACGACAGCAGCCGCAGCUGCAGCGGCGGCAGUGGCGGCAGCAGCAGCAGCUAAUAAUUUAGCAGCGCAGCAGGGUAGUGGUGGCGUCGGCGGCGGCGCAGGAGGUGGUGGAGUAGUGGUGCCAACUUCGGCAAGUGCAACAAACAAUACCGCUGCGGCGCAACAGCAACAACAACACCAACAGCAGCAACAACAUCAACACCAACAACAGCAGCAGCAGCAACAACAGCAUGCCCAACACGGCCUCUCACCGCCACAAACUGUGACACUCUCCAUAACAUUGCCACCUGUAGCGCCACUGCCGAGUGCCGCUGCCGCUGCAGCGGCAGCAGCUGCCGCAGCCGUCGCGCAUCACCCAGUGCAAGCGCAUCAGGCCUCACAUGUGGGUGGAGGCUCUAGCCUCUGUGGACCGCCAACACAUCUGCCGCCAGCGCAUAGUGGUGGCGGUGGUGGCGGAGGCGGAGGAGGUGGAGGAGGCGCGUUGGGCGGAGUACAACCACCACCACCACCGCCACCACACACUCUGUCACACGCUAUUCCUAUACAUCCCCAUAUACACUCAAUAUUCGGAUCUCUAUGAUGUCAUCAAGCAGCAGCCUAAUUAUACGAAGAGUCUGAGUACUCGUACAUACAUAUAUAGUAAUUGAGAAGCCCACAAAAAAUUGCAAAAAAAAAACUUUGAAAAAAUCAUGCAAUGAGCGUAUAAAAACGAGGAAUUUUUAAAACAAGCUUAACUUAACAAUAACGGUACAACUACCUGCUAGUAAACAGUUCAGCAUCAAAGAAGCAUUCAAAUGAGCACCUAUACAGUCACUCACUCAAUUUGUGUUAAUGCAAUGGAGUACGCGCGUAUAUUGUACACACAUACAUACGCUUACAUAACUAAAUAUGUAUGUUGGUUAAUUAUGAUUUGAAUAAAUUUGCAGAAGUGCGCGCCUACUCCACUUUUUACCUUUACUACAAUUAAAUGCUUAUAAUUUAAUUUAAUGGUUUCAAAUGUGAAAGCAUAAAUAUUUCUUUUAAUGUUUGGUAAUUGACUUAAAUUAAAAAAAAAUAAGAACGUACGAAAGUCACAGAAAAGUUUUGCCUCAAAAUUUAUUAAAAAUUAAUCGCAAAAAAAUGUACCCGAAAAAAGGCGCUCAAUUCUUGUGUGUAUUAGGCGUGACUACUACCACUACCACAUAACUUUUUAUACUUAUACUACCAUUUUAUAAUACUAUUUACGUACGCGCAUACUGUGUGAACGAGCAAUUCUACAGCGACAGGCAGACUUGUUGGACUAACUACUUGUUUUCGUCAUCCUUUUUUUAAUUAAAAAUUAAUUUUUAUUUGUUUGAAACAGCAAGAAAUGUGAAUAAUAAUUGCGGCAAAUACAUAUGCUUGCAAAAAAUUUGUUAAAAAUAAAAAGUUAAGUAAAUAUUUCUCUUAUAUAGGCCUGCUUAAACAUACAUACGUGACUAUUUACUCGUACAUAUUAUAUAAAAAAAUAUAUAACUCUAUAUUAUUUCUUAUACUUUUAAUUUUGUAAGCGAAAACUAAGUUUAAUGCUAAAAGGAGUGUGUUGCAGAAGCAAAACAAUUGAAAUGUAGCUAUUAAUUUUAUUAUAAUUAUCUAUCAUUACUAAGUACAUGCAUGUUAUAUCUUCAUUUUCAAACACGUUCACCCAAACAUGCUUACAUGUGCACAUACAUGUACAUAUGUAUACUCACUCAAAAACACUAUUACCACACGCAACUAAAUUUAUGCGUUAGUUUUUAUGCAAAACUUACAUACUUACAUAAAUAUAUGUAUGCAUAUGUAGUAAGUAGUUAAACCGUUAUAAUAAAAUGCUGCAACAACAACCAUAUGAUGGCAUGUCAUUUACAGCAUGUAACACACAGUCUUUUCGAAAAGGACUCUAAACUUUGCAACCGUGAAGAAAUGAAAAAGGUCAAGUCAAAACAAACACUAAAAAUAAACCAUUAAAAUCCAUACUACAGAAUUGACAUAAUCAAAUAAUAGACAAAUUGAAAUAGUUUAUAGAAAUAGAAUCAAAAAAGGGAAUAAACGAAAUGGCAAUAGUCAAAUCAAUAGUUAAACAAUGGUGCUGGGUACAAGAAACGCGGUGGUUUUUUAGAGCGCAGAGCGUUUGAUAUUGGACUGAAAUACCUUGAACAUAUUUAUUCGUAUUUUCACUCAUAAAAAACAUACCGUUUUAAGAGGUUAGCUGCAUUCGGGAUUUACUAACUAUCUCUACUUUGAAGCAAUUGCCAUUGUAAAUCAUGGAACUCACUUUAAUUUCAUUAAACUUACAGCUCUAACUACAAUUAAACUCCACGCUUAGGAUCGAAAGUAUACAAAAUCUGGAGUUCAUGUAAACCAGUGCAGACGGUAGGGAACUUUUUCGUGUUAUGCGUCUGUUUAAAGUGUAAGGAAAGCUGAAAAGGCACUGCUUUCGGGUUGCGAUUGGAUUUGACUGCUUUAGAUUUUAUUGGAAAAAGUACAGUUGAUAGAUAUAUGAAGAGUAGCUGAAAGUAACACUCAAAAUUUGAAAUCAGUGUUCGUUUCAUAACGACAGGAAGCCUAGAACAUAGGCCCCAGUAGGUAAUUUAUGCAGGCCCAUUCUAAAUGGCUUACCCAAAAGGGCUGAAAUAGUAUUUCCUUGCACGCCUUCUAGAAUGGCCUUUCCUAUUUACAAUUUACGCGAAUGUAUAGGUUUAGCAUUACAAAUACUUUAAAGAUUUAUGAUUUUUCUGAAUUAAAGAAGCAACUUUAAGAGAGCUCCUCCAAAAUACCUUCUGAAGUACGUCUCUUAAAAGCCCUUCUACAUGGACUUUUAUGGGUAGUAAAAGCUGAAACCCUUCAAUUUUUGGCACUCUAUACAAAAAAGAAAAGAGAAGGGAAUAUAGUGUUCGGAGAGUACUUUCAAAAAGGCUUUUAACUCCUGAUAUCUAUCUACUGGGGAUUUAAUGCCAGAAUGUAUCUCUCGCAUUUCAGUCCAUUGCGGAAACGAUCAAAAGGAGAUCUUAUGCGGGUAUAAAAACAUUGUGAGUCAGUGAGAGAGCAUUUAGUCUAUUCUCGUCAACGCGAUUUCUCAACUUUAAAAAUUCUAAACAAAGUUCUAUGCAUGCGAUGAAUAGGGUGAGCGUUUAUGCAGCUACCGUUCUUGUCGCGACAUAUACCCUUACAAAGCUUAUUUAUGCAUUUGUAGGAAUGUAAAUAAAUAUACACACGUUUGUAUAUGUAUGACUAUGCACUCCUUUUUAUUGCACCUCGUUUAUUUCUACUUCCUCAUUUCCGGUACGUUGUUGUUUGGAGUGCUUACAUUUCAGCCGGCAGACAUGAGCUUUCACAAAGUUUUUAAUCCAGCAAUCGCUCAAUAAGUUAAUACAAGAACUGGUAUUAUUAUGCUUGCGACUUUGGUGAAAGCUCCACGGAAGCUUUCAAUUGAUUUAUUAGUUUUUGUGAAGCUGUAAAUAUAAACUUACUUGUAACCUUUAAGUACAUACAUACAUAUUUCCCGUCAAAUUGAAGUUUGUAAAAAAAUUUACCUAAUUUUUUUGAAAUCGUAAAUUGUUGUGAAAGCUCUUGCUAAGGUUUCUUCACAGAUCUUUUGAGUGAAACUUUUUGAAUAGUCUAUAACUGCACAUUAUGGAAAAUAUGCGAAAUCAAAUUCUACUUCUGUGCUCUUAUUUCAGUCUCUUUCGAAGUAAACUUUAUCGUAAUGGGUUGGAUAAAAACGUAUAAAAAUGUAUGCACCACAGAAGUAAGAACGCGUUUAUAGGUUAUUUAUGGCCCAAAAGAGCAUGCUCCUCUGUUGCUGUACAUAUAUUUUUUCAGUCCUAUACAUGUUCUUAAUGAGCUCACCGAUGAAUUCUGGCGCUCCUAUUUAGGUCUAACUAAAAAACACCUACUCAGCUCCGCACCACACCUCGUAAAAAACCAAAUCUCAAAAUUAUCAGCAAUACAGUUUUUACACACAAUUUUCCUAUGACAUCUACAUACAGAACUAUGAAGUUUUAAAACUGGACUUGAUACCUAAAAUUUCCAAAUCUAUUUCGAUUAUUCCUUAAGUUAAUUACUCCUUUAAAAUAGCAAAUAAAUACACAUUUAAAUACACACCUACAUAUGCAUGCAAUCAUAAAUGCCUUUUGGUUUCUUCUACUAAAAGCUUACUAUUAUAAAGAAAUACAGAGAAAACAAAA